CGAUCGAUCGGCGCAGCCGGGCAGACAACAAACGAGACCAGCGCCGCUGCAGCCACCGCCACUGCGAAGAGGAAUGGCAGCAGUUCACCGGGCAGCAAGGUGCCCAACAACAAGCACAUCAUACCAGCUGAUUCGAUUAGCGUUAAUAAGCAGCUGGGCAUCGGGGAGUUCGGCAUUGUGCAGCAGGGCGUCUGGACGAAUGGCAGCGAGCGGAUUCAAGUGGCCAUCAAGUGCCUGUGCAGCGAACGCAUGCAAUCGAAUCCCAUGGAAUUUCUCAAGGAGGUAGCCAUAAUGCAUUCGAUCGAGCACGAGAACAUUGUGCGCCUGUACGGCGUGGUUCUGGCAACUGAUUCGCUGAUGCUUGUUACGGAACUGGCGCACCUUCGUUCCUUACUCGAGUGCCUUAAGGAUUCCGGGUUGCGUGUCAGCUUUCUCACGAUACCCACGCUCUGUGAGUUCGCGCUGCAGAUGUGCAACGGCAUGCGCUAUCUGGAGCAGAAGCGACUCAUACACAGGGAUUUGGCUGCACGGAAUAUUCUGGUAUUUAGCAAGGAUAAGGUGAAAAUCUCGGACUUUGGGCUGUCGCGUGCGCUGGGUGUGGGCAAGGACUAUUACAAGAUGAACUUCAAUGUGAAUCUAAAGCUGCCGAUUGCCUGGUAUGCGCCCGAAUGCAUCAAUUACUUGCGAUUUACCAACGCUUCCGAUGUGUGGGCCUUUGGCGUUUGCCUCUGGGAGAUGUUCUCCUAUGGCUUUCAGCCCUGGGCGGCACUGACUGGUCUGCAGAUACUGGAGGCCAUCGAUGCACCGAAUUAUCAGCGCCUCGAGCAGCCGGACUGCUGUCCCCGAGAGUAUUACACGUUGAUGAUGAAGUGCUGGCAGGACGAUGCGGCCAAGCGGCCCAAGUUUAGUGAAAUCUAUGAACAGCUGCCCGAUAUGAAGCCCGAGCAGCUCAAGGCCGUCGUCAAUUGCGUGGAACCGAAGAAAGAUCAUCUGCUGUAUCGCCAGGGUGAUAUAAUAAGCGUGCUUGAUCGCAAUACGGGUACGCCUUUCUGGAAAGGCGUUUUGGGUACUGGAAAGACUGGAUACUUCAAUCCCUCGAACACCAAGCGUAAGUUGCGCACGGAAAUGAUUUCGAAGCCGCAGAAUGGCUUUAAGCACACCGGACAUGUGGGUAUCGAUGGCGCUACCUUUGGCGAUAUCGCCUUCCUCGGCAGCUCCCAAAAUUACAAUCAUGUGCCGAAGCAGAUUGUGACGCCCUACAAGCCGUCGGAGGAUAUAGAGCAGACGCCCCUGCUGCUGCCGCCGACGCCCACCAGUCCGGAUUCGCUACAAACGGCUAGCGGUUAUUUUCCGGAAGGCGGUGGCACUUCAAUGAAUCCCACAUUUAUUCCCUCUACGGAGCACACGCCCAACUUGAUACCCAGCAAUGGACACAGCUCAUUUGACUUUACCGGCUCCACAAAUCCCUUUGCCUCGCACAAACUGGACGAGGAGCAGCUCGCCUAUGCGCUACAGAACAACAACUAUGGCGCCGAUGGCAAGAGCAUCCACUCAGAACCCAACUGGCGCGCCAGUUCCCGCAACACGACCGACGAUCCACACGAGUAUCACGAGAUAUCCGACGAUGAGAUCGCUGGCGAUAAGCUGGACUUUGGGCCCUCGCUGCUGGACGAAAUCAACUCAAUGUUUGAAUCAAUCAGCGGAACCCAAUCAACCUCUGGAACCCAGCCAACGCCCGAUUUCGAUCAUGUGAACACAAAAAAUGAAUUCGCUGAGAUGUCGGCCAAGUUUAGCCACAAAACUGGCGACAGCAAUGGCAACAAGCACGGCCAUGGACACGGUCAUGGACUUCUGUCCAAAAAGAAGACAUCGACGGGCACUGUGAAGCCCAUUUCGGUCAAGGAUGAGAAAAUACUGAAUCAUGCCAUCGAAAUUGCCAACGAGAUUAGCGCCAGCUCCAUGAUUGAUUUGGUAUCUGAUCAUACGCCAGCCCCGCACAGUCCCAAGCGCAAGUUCAGCUUUCGUUUUCCGCAUUUGAGCAGCGGCGGCGGCGGCGGAGAUAAGUCAAGUGGCGUUUUAGGUGGCGCUGCUGGCGGCUCUGGGCUCACACCUACGCAUGGCAAUGCCUCGCCCUUCUCCAAGAAGAAGAACUUUACAGAGGAGCUGCAAAGCAUACCCGAUAUACAGUCCCUGAUUGGCGAGGAGGGUCGCGAGGCCUACAACAGCCUGAUCGAGCGCAAGGGCAUGCUGGACAUUGGCUCCAGUCCGGCUGCAACGCUGCUCCGCCACAUGGACACGGACGAGUUUGAGCUGAUGAGCUCGAAGACGCUGCCACGUCGCCUGGGCAGUCAGUUGAGUCAUCCGGGCACUGCCGCUGCCCUUACCCUGGAGCCAGCCCUUGCCGCUGCGGAGUGCGCCCGUCCUUUGCAGCAGCUGCAGCCACCGCGACCCAUGACAUUGCCCACACGUGGCGCGGCUCAGCGUGUGCGCCGGGCCGAGCAUGCGAACGGGGAGCGGCCAAAUGAUGAGAAUCGCAACUCGCUGGGGGCCAACGAAUCCUGCGAGAGUCCCAGCUACAUGACACACGCCAGCUACAAGUUCCCAGAGCCGCAUUAGGCGAAUCCGCUGCCACUGCCUUCACGCGAGGGCAAAAAACAAGUGAAGACAAGCGCCAAACGGCACGUCCGCAAAUAUCCGCUCAUAAUCCCGAUUAACGGCGUGCAGCGCACUCUCAGCAAGCUGGCGGACUUUGGCGAGGAGGCGGCCAGCAAAGCUAGCGACGCAUCGCCGCAACAGCAGCAGCAGCAGGCGCGUUCCAUAGAGGUGGUGGCGGCCGUGCGCACCAGUAGCGUGCGUCGUCGGCCCGAGGCCAGCGAAUAUGAGAACAUGCCUACCCUGGCAGGCGGAGCAUCGGCACAUACCUACCAGAACCUGGACAAACUGGCGCCUGCCGAUGCAGCUGGGCUGACAGACAGCGCCUCGUUGCAGUUCGAGUCCAUACUGGAGGCGGACAUGAGCAAAGAGGGUGUGCUCCAAUCGCCGGACGUGACCAAUGGCUUCUACAACUUCUCAAUACAGAAGGAACACUACAACAAGAGCAAGGAUGUUGGCUUCGAACCUGCCCAAAUCUCGGGGCUCUAUGUCAACGACGAUGAGUUGCGCAAUCUGGACAAACCGCUGGCCGCCAGCAGCAGCUCAACCACAUUGGACUCCGCAGCAGUUCCUCAGGAGAUGGCACCAACGGCAGCCUCCGCGGUGGCAGCAGCAGCAGCAGCGGCGGUGGCUGCAGCAACCACUGCUGCAGAAGAUGCGCCUUUGGAGAGCAUCAAUACGCGCCGCUUGGGCAGCGUGGACAAUGAGUUGGCGGGCAAUGCGCUCUUCAAAAAGGUGCGUGCUUCCGUUAACCAGGCCAUGAACCGCAACUCCAUUAAUGGCAAGGAUGCGAACAAUACGACGGCAGCUUUGGCCAAUGGUCCCGCGUCCAAGUUACAAACGGAGGCAGAAUAUUUUGCAGCUACCGCGGCUCGCCUGGCCGACUCCAACUCCGUGAGCUGUGAGGAUUUGCUCGAGUUUUCCGACAAGAAGCCGCGCGGCUGUGAACGCGGCGUCGACUCGGAUGAAGUGCGCAUCAUGGUCAAAGUGCUGAGAAAGGACAGCACGCCCACACGUUGUCUGGGCGCACUGGAGUUCAUCAACUGGGAUGUUCACAAGUCCAUUAAACUGAUUAAGCUGCAGAAUAUACUCGCCGAGGCGAAUCUGAGCCUGUCCGCUGCGUACGAGGCGCUUCAGCAGCAGGAAUGGGAUCUGCACACCACGGCCGUCAAACUGAAGGGAGUUAAGCUCUAAAUGAUGCGCAUGUAGAUAGAGCUAUAUAUGCAUACGUAUACCUACAAACAUCCUUUGGGCCUUAUUAUUUGUGUCUUAAGCAUUUAAAGUUCGCUGCGGAUAUUACAUUAUCCUUUAUUAUUUAAUACUAUAGUGAAUAGGACAUCUCUAACUCGAACUCAAUCACUGCUCAAAAUAUGUUUCUAAUGUAAUUCAUACUCCUCUCCUAUUGUAUGAAUGAAUCUCAGCAUGUACUUAUCUAAUAAUGCAAUGUUUCUAGUUCUUAAUUAUACUAUGUUAUCCUUUAUCGCCAGUUUCGCACGCAAUCUAAAAUAUCUGAAGGUUCGAGUACCAUGUAUACAAUUAAUACAUCUUACAAAAUCA